GCGGCUUCUCAUCAUGGCGGACCCACGGGAGAAGGCGCUGCAGGAUUACAGGAAGAAAUUGCUGGAGCACAAGGAGAUAGAUGGCCGGCUGAAGGAAUUAAGAGAACAACUGAAAGAGCUCACCAAACAGUAUGAAAAAUCAGAGAAUGACCUUAAAGCAUUGCAGAGCGUUGGGCAGAUUGUUGGGGAAGUUCUAAAGCAGCUUACUGAAGAAAAAUUCAUUGUUAAAGCAACGAAUGGUCCAAGAUAUGUUGUUGGUUGUCGUCGACAGCUUGACAAAACUAAAUUGAAGCCUGGAACAAGAGUUGCGCUAGAUAUGACUACUCUGACUAUAAUGCGUUAUUUACCACGAGAAGUGGAUCCCCUUGUGUACAACAUGUCUCAUGAGGACCCUGGAAAUGUAUCAUACUCUGAAAUAGGUGGACUUUCUGAACAGAUCCGAGAACUCAGAGAGGUUAUUGAGUUGCCACUUACAAAUCCAGAAUUGUUUCAGCGUGUAGGAAUUAUACCACCAAAGGGCUGUCUUCUCUAUGGCCCCCCAGGUACUGGAAAAACUCUUCUUGCAAGAGCUGUUGCUAGCCAACUGGAUUGCAAUUUCCUAAAGGUUGUGUCUAGUUCAAUUGUAGACAAGUACAUUGGGGAAAGUGCACGACUCAUUCGAGAAAUGUUUAACUAUGCCAGGGAUCACCAGCCGUGUAUAAUUUUUAUGGAUGAAAUUGAUGCCAUUGGUGGACGGCGGUUUUCUGAGGGGACCUCAGCUGACAGAGAGAUUCAGAGAACUCUAAUGGAGUUGCUGAAUCAGAUGGAUGGGUUUGAUACUUUGCACAGAGUAAAAAUGAUAAUGGCUACUAACAGACCCGACACUUUGGAUCCAGCCUUGUUGCGUCCUGGAAGACUUGACAGAAAAAUACAUAUUGAGUUGCCCAAUGAGCAGGCAAGGUUGGAUAUUUUGAAAAUCCAUGCUGGUCCCAUAACAAAACAUGGUGAAAUUGAUUAUGAAGCCAUAGUAAAGCUUUCAGAUGGAUUUAAUGGGGCUGACCUUAGAAACGUCUGCACAGAAGCAGGGAUGUUUGCAAUCCGAGCAGACCGUGACUUUGUGGUCCAGGAAGACUUUAUGAAAGCUGUUCGAAAAGUUGCAGAUUCUAAGAAACUAGAGUCGAAACUAGACUACAAACCUGUCUAACAUAGACAAAAGACUGCAUGGGUGAUAUGUGGUUAUGUUAGAGGUUCAUAUGUUCCUCCUGGGUCUGGUCUUUAUUAAAAGUACAUAAAACAUUGUCAGAUUUAGUAAUCCAAUAAUUUCUGGAACAAGUCUGCUACAGAAUGUUUCUUUUGUCUGUAUUUCAAUAGUUGCGCAUCCACUGCAGUUCCAUUUACAGGAAGAUUUGCAUUGCAAAACACUCACUGAGUGAUCAAGGUAGAGAUGUGCUGAAAGGGAAACAACAUAGCAGAUUUUAGGAAAGUUAAUGUGUUUCGUAAAAAGUAUUUUAUAUCAACUGACUUUUGUCUUUUUUUCUUUCCAAGCUAAAAUAAAUAACAUUUAAAUGCG